UAGGUAGGCAACCUGAUACUUAGGAUAACUGACCUGGUAGCUUAGCUUACCAGCCCAACCCCUUUUCCUGAAUGCCAUUCACACAAUAUGAAGUUGUUCUAAACUCAGUGAACUGGAUGAACAGGAAACAGCCCUACGGCUAAAUUAUAAUAUACUACCAGGACAAUAUAACUGCGGAGGUAUAUCAUCCGGCAUUCUCCAAACCUCGGCACGAUCUAACGAUAAUAAGUAUCCAAGCUGCCACCAUGAAUCCAUCUUCCUGUGCCUUGGCGCUCAACUUUUACCAUUGCUACCACCAACAUGGUCUCCGUGUCGUUAUACAAGAUGAAGAGCCUCAGUUUCAAAUCCUCCAUCUUCACCAUGUGGCUGUUAUGGUGGGUAACAUGUAUCAGCGCACUACCUAUCAAGAAUACUCCGCGCCAGGAUGAAGAAUCGCAUUGGGUAGCAACGUGGACUUCCAUGCCACAGCUGGUAGAGCCUAACAAUAUGCCACCUUCCCCAUUUUCAGGCUCAGCCGCGUUCAAGGAUGCCACCCUCCGGCAAACCCUACACUUGUCAAUCGGCGCUGAGAGGCUGCGCUUCCAGAUCUCCAAUACAUUUGGCGGCAGUGAUCUUCCCAUCACGGAAGCAUCUGUAGCCCUUCCUACGGGAGGUAAAGCUGGUGUCAAUGGCAUUGAUACCACGACGUUGAAGGGCCUCACUUUCAAUGGUUCCACGUCGGUCACAAUCCCGAGAGGCCAAGUUGCGUACACAGAUCCAGUUGAUUACAAGGUUGAGCCUCAAUCCAUGGUCACGAUCAGUCUGUAUUCGCAACCUGGCCAAUCUGGAAGCAGUAUUACUGGACACCCGGGAAGCCGGACGACUUCCUGGAUGCAGCAGGGUAAUCAUCUAAAUGCCUCGACAGUCACAGGAGCGAGUACGGCUCACUGGUAUUUCCUCACUGCGGUGGAGGCUUGGGCUCCUAAAACAACCGCCGCUUUGGUAAUUCUUGGUGAUAGUAUCACAGAUGGACGCGGAAGCGAUGACAAUGCCAACAACCGCUGGCCAGACCUUCUCUUGGCAAAGAUGCAAAAAGAAGGAAUUACCAACAUUGCCGUGUGCAACCAAGCAGCGGGUGGCAACACUGUCCUCACUGGUGGUCUAGGCCCGCCGCUCAUGCAGCGUUAUAAACGAGAUCUUCUCGAGACAGCGGGUGCAAAAUACGCCCUCAUAUUUGAAGGGGUGAAUGACAUCGGUGGAGGGUCUCCGGACUCGGGGACACAGACACGCCUCGCCAACAGUAUAACAUCGGCCUUCAAGACCAUCGCUACUGAGGCUAAAGCAGCUGGCAUGACCGUCUUUGGUGCAACGAUUACACCAUUUGGCGGGAAUGGACAGAGCUACAGCAAUCCCACCAGAGACCAAGGAAGACAGACAGUGAACAAAUGGAUUCUGGGUGGUGGAGAUGGUAGUUUCGACGCAAGCAUCGACUUCGCUAAGAUCCUGGCCAACCCUUCGAAUGCGGCUAACUUGGCUUCCCAGUAUGAUGGUGGCGACCAUCUACACCCUAAUGCUGCCGGAUACCAGGCCCUUGCUGACCAAUUUCCUCUAGAAAUCUUUGGAGCCAAUACUACUGCUGCUUUGAACUUUGAAGUGGCUUUAUACUAGGCAGUGAAUACUUGAACGAUCAAUAUAAGAAAUUGACCAAUAGCUCUGUUAUAUCAAGUUGAUGGAUUAUCAAAAUAGUGUAGAUGAAAAGCCAGCCUUCAAUCAUCAUUACGAGAGAGUGAGAAGCUUCUAGCCUGGGCUCCAGAGAAUGGCUAGCAAAUAUGAAUAUCAGUUAGCGGUACAA